AUGACCCUCUUCACCCCAACCCCCUCCUCCCUCCUCACCCUCCAAUCCACCCCCAAAACCAUCCUCAUCACCGGCUCCUCCUCAGGAAUCGGCCUCGCAACCGCCCGCCUCCUCUCCACCCUCAACCCAGCCCACAACCUCAUCCUCCUAGACCUGCACCCCCCACCCCCAACCUUCACCCACCCGGCAACCCACACCCUCUUCCACCCCUGCAACGUCACCUCCUGGCCCUCUCAACGCGCCGCCUUUGCCGCCGGCUUCGAGAAAUUCUCAAGAAUAGACUACGUCUUUGUCAACGCCGGCAUCGCCGAACACGGCGACCCUUUCUUCUCCGACACCCUCGACCCAGAGGACGGCCUCCUCGCCCAACCAGACAAACGCGUACUCGCAAUCGACCUCGACGCCGCCGUCGACACCACCAAACUCGCCAUCCACUACCUGCGGAAAAACAGGACCCAGGUCGCCGACGACGACGACGACGCAGACGCAGGCGCCAUUGUACUCACAGCCAGUCUAGCAGGCUACCUCGCCAGCGCCGGCGCACCCCUCUAUUCCGCCGCAAAACACGGCAUCGUGGGCCUGAUGCGCGCACUCAAGCAAGAAUGCGCAAAGCUCAAGAUUGCCAUUAGCCUCGUCGCCCCCGGCAUCACCGUCACACCGAUUCUAACAGCCAGCCGGCGCAGUCCCACGGCCACGGCCACGGCGACGACGACGCCAGACGCGUAUGCAAGAGACAUGGCGAGCGCGGGCGUGCCGAUCAACAAGGCCGAGGAUGUUGCACUGGCUGUGUGUUGGCUGUUUGAGCAAGGGGGGGCGGGUAACGGGGCGGGCAUCUUUGUGCAGGGUGGGCGGUUUGCGGAUUUGGAGCGUGGGUUGGCGCGGAGUAGGGAGGCGUGGAUGGGGAGGGAGAUGUUGGCGUUGUUUCGGGGUGGGAGGGGGGCUCCGUUGUUUGAGCGGUUGGGUGAGGGGGGGAAGGCGAAGAUGUGA